AUGGCAUGGUCUCCAUACAACGUCCCCCAAAACGCUUCCGGCAUGUCUGGUCAAGAUCAGGGUACUAGGGAUGCGUAUAACCCCUAUGGGUCUGCUGCUCGUCAGUACCCUCCCUCUCUGGCGACGGAACCGUCAAUGUUCCCUGAGAACCAUCUUCCGUACAAUACUCUCAUGCAGCAUCCCUCCGCACCAGUCCAUCCCAACUACCACAUGCCUUUUAUCCUGACUCAUACCGACUUCGAUUCUCCCAAUCACAAUACGGUACACAAUCCCUUGAUCGAGAACAAUAGACCUCGUGAGCUCUCGCCUAUGGGCUAUCUCAGCUCUGAGUCCAGUACUCCGUGCACCACACCAUCGGGAUCGGGAUCAUCCACUCCCGCUAUGCAAGAAAUGUCCCAAUCAAGUCUCGGUGGUCAUGAAAUGCAGACCAUCUAUGGUGUUGCCCGAACACUCAGACCGGGAAACGACGAACUUCGAGGGACGUACCAAUGUAACUGGAGAGACUGCAAAUACCGCGGCGUGUUCUCCCGCAAGGGUGUUCUCAUGCGUCAUAUAGAAACGCAGCAUGUCUCGCCUCACUCGAUUGAAUGUCCUGUGUGUGGUAAGAUGUUCUCUCGACGGGACAAUAUGACUGAACACUUGGGAAGAGUUCAUUCGCAGCGAUUAUGA